AUGUGGCUUCUCGUAUCGCUGACUCUAGUUUGCAAAGCUGUGCUAUCACCAUCACAAGUGCCAAUUCUCCCAUCAGCUCCGUUGCUUCCUCCUCGUUUCUACACCGAUUUUACCAUCACUAUCACUUCACGUGACGAUGAUGAGAUGCCUAUACCGCCCUGGAUUGAUGGCAUUCCGCCCCUCCUGCCCUACGCCAUUGGCCGGGGUUACUCCGUCUAUGCGCCGGAUUUGGGCAUUAUGGUGGAGAACUACACAGACUUUUGCGUUCCCAUCUUCUGGCCUAAUGCCUACUUUCCGUGCAUUUUUUUCAAUUACAAUCACACGGCUUAUCUGAUCACUCCAAUCGUUAAUCACUAUGGUCCUUGUUGCAUCUAUCGAACUAACUGGUCACCGCCGCACAGGGACUUCAUGCUCCAGUUCGAGCAGUACUAUGUCGGAUCGACGUGGGAUAUGGGAGUGAAUAGGAAGGUGUUGAAGCAGCUGAUCGAUUGGUGGGUUAUACCACAUGCAAGUGGUGAAUUGCACGACCAUCCCGUUUUCGGAGGAUUCGGGUUUGCAAGACAGCCACUACCGAGUGGAUAUCGACCGUACGUGUCAUUUUGGUAUGAAGGUGAUAUUGGGUGGACGCAUCAGAUCUUCGAGAACUUUACCGAUACUGGACCAAAAAUUCAUCUUCUGGACGACUUUCAAUUCCCAGAUAUAUGUAAUACUGACUUAGCUUGUGAUUUCCGACCGUAA